AUGCUCCUCGCACUGACGCUGCCCGACGCUCCCGUCAAGAGCGGUAAACUGAGCAUCGCGAGCAGCAACAUAACCGGCAAUGCGAUCAACCCGGAAAUUGCUGCUCGCGCUGCUGUAAUUAGCAGGGCAAUGUAAACACUCACUGCCGUCGACGCUGUCACAGAAGUGUUUUGAUGAGUAAAUACGGCAGCGCGAGUAGCAAUGGCAGCGGCCGAAUGUAAACUAGGUACUACACUAUUAUUAUUAAUGAUUUGUAUCAUUAUACACAAAAUAGUACAAGUUUCGAGUCGCGAGGCCCUCAUGAACGAGCGGGGCCCCGGGCAAAGGCCCUGGUCGCCCGCCGUCGCGCCGGCACUGCCAAUUCAAAUACGCGAAAACCGCGGCCAAGUUUUUAA